AUGUUGAACCCGGGCAUCCUGUACAUGCUGGCCAGCGUCUUGCUCUCCGCCGUGGCCGUCGUCGUCCACUUCCACGUCUCCCACCUCAGCCUCCCCCUCUCGCCCGCCACGACCAUGCUGGCCAUCAUCCUCCCCAUCGCCGCCUUCCUCAACGCCUACGUCUACCCCAACCUGCUGCGCGCCUCGCACGCCUGCACCGCGCCCAACCCGCUGGCCCGCCUCGCCCCCGUCGUCCUCCAGGCCCUGCAGGCCAUCCUCGCCGCCGUCCUCGCCACCCUGCUGCUCGAGGCCGUCGUCUCCUCCCCGCACCUCGACUUCCGCCUCGACGCCCAGUGGGACGCCCUCUUCGCCGCCCGCCGCGCCGACGCCAUCGAGCUCGUCCAGGACACGUACGACUGCUGCGGCUUCGACGCCGUCACCGACCGCGCCUAUCCCUUCGAUGCCGCCCGCGCUUGUGCCCGCGAGUACGAUCGCGCCCGCUCCUGUGCCGCGCCCUGGAAGCGCGCCAUGCAGGCCACUUCGGCCCUCGACUUUGCCGUCGUCGUCGCCGUCGGCCUCUUGCAGAUCCUGGGUCUGCUGCUGAUGAGGGAACGGACGGCCUGGUGGACCGCCCUGCGCACCCAGGGAUGGAAGCAAGGCGAGUUUGGCGACGGCAGCAGCCAGCGCCUGCUACCCGACUCAGACAGCGAGACGGCCAGCUGUCGUUCGGGCUACGAUUCCCUGCGAGGGAACAAGCCGGGCGCAAAGGACCAUGAUGAGACAAACGCCAAGUGA